CAGCGAUUGUGGUGCCUUCCAGAGGGCAGCAGGAGCCCUAUCAGACACAAACUGAUGGUUGGAACUCAUCGCUGAGGCCCAUCGCAGGGCAUCAUGGCGGCUGUCACGGUGAGAGAGGGAAUGAUGAUGGAAUGAUGACUGAUCAAUUAAGAGGUGCUCUGUGUUCUGUGUGGUUGGUCUGACAAACAGGUCGGUAGCAUGAAAUGGCCGCAGCAGAGAGGUUCGCCCGACUCGCACACACCAACACACAACAGAUGCCCUCAGAGGUGUGCUGUGCUGUCUGUGAUGUGUUGCAGCCGUGUUGGUGGACGGGAUCGUCAAGAGAGCAGCGUCGAUGGGCUGCCGCGACGCGACCGUCAUGCGGGCGGUGCGGCUGCUGGACCUGUGCCAUACCGAUGGAAUCAUCGACACGGACAACGCCACACAGGCAAAGAGAUCUGAAUGACAGACAGAGAGUAAGGACUCGUGGGAUGUGUGUGUCACUUGGCUGGCUGCUGACACGCAGGUAGCAGUUGCGUGUGUGGCCGCCUGCGUCAAGCGGCUGGAGCCACACCUGCUGAUGGACGACAUGCCUGAUGACCCUUCCCACACACGGGCACAGGUAUUGAAACACAGACACAGACACGCACACGACGCUCACCUGUGCAGCGCCGACCUGUUUGUCUGUCUGUUUGUUUGUUUGGCUCUGUGUGUGCAGGUGGUGGGUCGUGCGGCGGCUGAUAGUUCUGUGUGCGGCAUUGGGUGUCUGGAGAAGCUGUUCACUGAUGCCGGCAUGGACACCCACGGCCGCCUGUUCUCAGUCGCCAAAUACCUCAUGGUAAGCCGGUCGGCCACUCAGACACAGACACCUGCAGCCGUCGAAUGGCUUAUCCAUGUCUGUCUGUGCCCUUUGUGUGUCCACAGUUUCUGUCGAUGUGUGAAGUCGAGUUGGCCGGGUGCGAUGUCCGUCUGCUGGCCGCCACGGCCGUCUACAUCACACGCAAGAACCACCAGGACCAAAUAAGGGGCCGCAUAUGGGUGGGCCAGAGCGGCACGUGUCAUGAUGUGUGUAUGUGUGAUGGCCUGGGUGGGUCAAUGUCCGUCAGAGUGCGGCCCUUGUGGCUGAGAGUUCGGUUAGCGAGGCGGCGUUGGAGUCUGCCAUAGCGACGCUGAGGAUGCAGCGGCUGCUGUGGCGCGACACACAGACCACCAAAGGGGUGAGGGACACACCAGCACACAAUGUGCGUGUCACUGUGUGUCCUUUGUGUGUAAUUGUGUGUGCAGAUAGUCACGGAUGCAGUGGACGAGAUGUUCGCCUCGGCCGACCGCCACGGCGUUGCGUUGACACACAGCCACCCGCAGCAAGAGCGCCAGCAGCAGGUGGGUGUGACACAGCCGACCGACCGAAAUGCGCCAGAUGUGCCUUGACGUGUGUGUGCCGUCUGCAGGAUGGCAACAAGGACCAUCCCCUCGCCCAUUUCUUUGUCGACGACCGGUGCUGCAUCCCCGACAUCAGCACCACGCUCCAGCUGAGGGCAGCCGCACCAUGCUUCAGAAAAGCCUUCUCACCAACGCAGCUACGCAACCGCCUCCACCACUCGAUAGCCCGUGAAGGCAUCGACACUCAGCUGGUGCAGUUCGACACAUCGCUGGGAAUGGGUGAGCUGAUGGCGGCGGUGUGGAUCGCCGAGGAGGGCGGGCGGUGGGCUGAGACGAGGGAGGUGCUGCAGUGGGCCAGCCAGUGCCGCUACUGUACACUGCCCAUCAUGCUCACGGCAGAUGACAUCAACACACACGCCAGCAAGACGGUAAGGCACACACAGAGGGGCGGGAGAGAACAGAGAGGCCUCAUCCCCUCUCUGUCUGUCUGUCUGUCUGUCUGUGGUGUGGUGUAGGCGUAUGGAUUGUUAGCUCGUGUGUUGGCGCAGCUCAUGGUGGUCGGCCGCCACGUGGCCUUCGGUGACGGCAGCUGCCUGCAGAUCUUCCGCCAUGCCAAUGGUGAGGUGCGGGCCAUCAAGGACGAGCCCGGCUUUCGGCUGACCGUCAACCCGGUCAUCCCCGCCCACCAGCUGUAUCAGCAGCAUCGCCUACAGCAUGACCCACCAGUGGAAAGCCGCAUCGAAUACUGGGCCAUCGACGGCAGAUGGGUGUCGAGCUUCCCGUUCGAAUAUCCGUCGGUGUCGUCGUUUGCCAAGGACAUGAUCCUCAGCCACUUCGCCUUCACUCACCAGAUCAAUCGCACAUCGAUACGACUCAACAGGUAACACAUCAAUGGCACCAGUGGCGAGAGGGGUGCGUGUUCGAUUGUGUGUGUGUGUGUGGUUCAGGUAUGUCGGUGGCGGCCGCCUGGAUGGCCUCCUCACCCAAUCGCCCCACACACAGGUGGCCGGAUGCACAACGACAUACAGCUGGGACGGUCGUGUGCUAGACCUGGUGCUCACCGAUAGCAGCCACAACUUCGUCGCAUGGAUUCCCCUUGAGGAUAUGGGAAACGACAAUGGUCAGCCCGACAGACAGACAGCUCUGCUCGUCAAAUGUUAUUAGUGUUAUCUGUCAUUGUCCACAGUGUUGGUUAGUGUCGAGACCAGUGAGGCGGCCGUAUGUGGGAGUGGUGCCUUCAAGGACCGCUACCCCGUCACCAUUCAGCUAGCGCGUGUGGCGCUGGGGCGAGUGGCGCCAUACGUCUUCGACGGCCAAGUAGAAUGAUGAUGACGGUAGGGACACGCACAAACACAGGCCGGAUGGACGGCACGACGUGGCUUGUGUUGUGUGUGGUUGUGUGUUUGUGUGUCGUGUUAGGUUCCGACGAUGGCAGCGAUGAUGAGGGCAGUGCAGGUACCAAAGAGAGAGGGAGGGAAGGCACACAGCACACAAGUGUGUCCCUCCUUGUGCACUCGACAGGUGACGGUGUCUGAUUGAGCAGUCAACUACCACUGGUACGCCACAGAAAUGCCACGCGCGAAGCCGAUGAAUGUCUUCGGUCAUCCAAUUGCGUUGUGUGUGCACAGGCCGAAUGGUGGUCGGUGUACCACUCACUCACUCUGGAUCUUGGAUGGUCAGGGGUUACCAUAUGCCUCUGAUGCCGUCACGUCAGUUAGGCUAUGGCUUUGCUUUUUGUCCGUGCGUCUCUCCCUCCCCCUCUAUGUGUGUGUGUCUGUCUGUGUGAAUAGAGAUCUUCUCGUCCUCAUGGCUGGCUGGCUGGCUGGCUGGCUGUGGGUGGGUGGGCCUGUGGGUGCGCUGAGUGCUCUUCACUGCUGCAGUGGCCGAUUUUGAUGUGAUGCUGCGGGGUGUGUGAGUGUGUUUGGCUGCCUGGUCGGGCCACUCGCAACCAAUCAAUGCAUGUGUGUGUGCUGAUGGAG